AUGGGUUCAAAUCCUACUCAAGGCACAGAUGUUUGUCCGCACCUGCUGGUGUCGUGCUGUCCAGUAGAUAGAGUACAUUUUCCGCUGCCAGGCUGUGGUGAUAUUACGUUGCUCCUCACUUUUCGUUACUACACGCACAGAACUGCGAGAAGAAGCCUAAAAUGUCAGCCAGCAUCCACUAACGCUCGAGUCAGCUGUGUAGCGCAAGCAGCGCUAUCGCCGGUGGGAGGCGUGGGCAGACUGGCAGUCGGGGAGGAUUUUGGAAUGCGGGAUGGCGACUGUUUGGAAGGAAGUCAAGGCAUAUCCCGCCACGGGGCGCAGCUGAAACAGGUCGUCUUGGGGCCCUACCAGUCUUCUAUUAGCCCUUUAAAGACUAGUGGUAGCUGAUAUGUCCCAGCUCUUUCAAUACUAGUAAGUAAACCCUUGUUUUGUAUGAUUUUGUUUCAUGUGAUUCUCACUGUAAACAGGGAUUAUUU